AUGCGUGCUACACUCUUCGCCACUAUCCUGGCAGGAUCCGCUCCCCUCCUUGCAGCGGCACAGGCCCAGACCACUCCUACUACGGGGGCAACAACUUCGACCGAGACGAAGUGCGCUGCUCAGAACAUCGUGGAUGAUUGUAAACAACGAAUGUUGGGCCAAUUAAACGAUUGCCAACCAAACGAUUGGAAAUGCCUGUGUGAGCAGCAGGGCAAUGUCGUUACAUGCUACAACAACUGCCCUGGCUCUGCAGAGAGCGGCCCUGAAAGACAAAAGCAACAAGUCUACUGCAACGCGGCGAAGGCUCUGCCCUCAUCGUCAACAAAGGUUCCCUCUUCGACCGCUUCGGCGACGGAGGCGAAGAAGACCAGUACCGCUGCCACCUCGACUAGUACGUCGACGGGUGCUGCUGCUGUUCCUACGGCGGCAUUCGGAACUGUCGAGGGGGGACUGAUGUUGGGUGUUGUACUGGGGGUUUUGGGACUUUGA